AUGGAAGAACCUCCCGCAGAAUCCUUGGGUCCCGAGAGCACAGCCAAGGCCCCAGAUGACAGCCGCACGGAUGGCCAGCAAGACACCUGGCGGGACCAGGAUGAUGAAGAAGAGGUAGAUGAGCAGACUGACCCCAGAACGGCUGAGCAGGCUGCGCAGGGAAUGUCUGGACAGACUGACCGCAGGGAGUCCGAACCUCCUGGGCGCCAGGCAUCUGAUCAGGGUGACCAAAGAGCGCACGGACAGACGGAUGGCAGCACGUCCAGCCAGACCGGCCCUGGGGGUGCUCAAGAGACUAACAGCCAGAUGCUUCUUCCGCUGGAACAAAGAACUGAUGGACAGAUGGAACACAGACGGCCCAGCCAGGCCGAGGGACGAGCUUCCGGGCAGACCGACAGCAGGAGGUCCAGCCAGACUGAACGAGGAGCCUACGAGCAGAUUAACCACAGACCGUCUACCCAGCCCAGCCAGAGAACGUCUGAGCAGGUCGUCGGCAGAAGCUCUGCUGCGCCUGAGCAAGGAGCCCCCGAACAGGUUGGCCCCAGAACGUCCAGCCAGGAUGACCGAAGAACUUCUGAACAGAUUGGCAGCAGAUUGUCUGGACUGGUUGAGCGAAGAACUUCUGAAAAGACUGGUCAUAGACCAUCUAUCCAAGGUGACCCCAGAACGCUUAUAAAGACCUACCCAGACGUGGAUGAGGAAGCCCCUGAGCUAGUUGAAGAGCAAGCAGCUGAGCAAGCCCAUAGCAGUGCUCAGCACCUUGCAGCUGACAAGGAUGACGGCAAUGACCAGGCUGACCCCUCAAUGGAUGGAGAGAAUUACAAAGAAGACUUCCUGGCUGACUACGGAGCGCCCGGCCCAUAUGAUGACAAAAUAUUUAGCCAACUGGGUUACAGUAAGGAAUACAAAGAGCCUGAACCCAGAGUAGAACCCUGCAAAUUUGAGACCGAAGAAAUAGACCGAGACAAUUCCUGGACUUCAGCUGAAUCUGACACUGAAAGUGUAACCGGUCUGAAAGGAUUGGACGCCUGUGAUGCCACAUUCACCAGUAAUUUGCAAGCAAAAGACCAAUUCUACUCCCAAAGAUUCCCCUGUAUCUCAUCCAAGUUGGACUAUAUAAUCAGUCGAGAAAAAACUGAAGCCGCAGAAACCAAGCCUGAUGAGAUUUCAGAAUACCAAGGAGGAAGGAAAUCUUUUGGAUACAAUCAAACUUACAGGAGGCAGUUCCCUCCUAUUGUAUAUGAAGAUCCCUAUCAAGUUUCACUACGAUACAUGGAGAAGCACCACAUUCUGCAGAUAUUCCAGCAGAUCACUGAAAACUUAGUCUUUGAAAAGCCAGAAGACCCCCUCAGUUUUAUGCUGGGCCAGAACUCGCUGUGGCAGGUCGUCUUUGGAAAAGUGGGUUAUGGGGCCUAA